GAAGAAAGGACUGUGAGAGACAGAACUCUUCUUCAGACUCGGGAUCAAGAGCAAAAUAUUCAAUGGAAGAUUCAGUUUAACCUGGGGAACAGCAGUAGAGUCCGUAACCAGUGUAGGAAUUCAGUGCAGGGGAAACUGCUUAUCACAGAUGAUCUAGGUUAUGUCUGUGAAAGGAAAGAGCUUCUAGCAAAUGGUUGUUGCAAUAUCAAUGUUGCCAGCACAAGGCUACACAGCUGUGAUAGCUGCCUUCCCUAUGGUUGCUGUAGUGUAUACGAGUAUUGUGUUUCAUGCUGCCUCCAGCCUAAUAAGAAACUUUUAUUGGAGCGUUUUCUAAAUCGAGCAGCCAGAGCUUUUGAAAACUUAUUCCAGGCAGUAGAAGACCAUUUUGAAUUAUGUUUAGCCAAAUGCAGGACAUCCUCUCAGAGUGUACAACAUGAGAACACCUACCGAAAUCCCAUUGCCAAGUAUUGCUAUGGGGAAAACCCACCUGAACUACUUCCUAUUUGAUUACUUCUGGUUGAGUCAGACUAAAUUCAUAUGCUGUUAAUUCCCAGCUGGCUAUCACAUUCAGGACUUCUUGUAAAGGAAUGGAAGAGGAUGAACCAAGGCUUAAACCCACAACAACAAUAAAUUUACACUACUUUAUGUAAACAAGAAUGGGAUUUGUAGACCCGUGUAGGUCAUUGUAUAUGAAGUUAGCUGCCAAAAUUAUGCUGUUUGUUUUGAAUUUUUACAUGAUCUAUACAGAAUGUUUAUUACAUAGCAAAUGAGCACAGUAUUAGCAGAAAAACCUUUUAGCUGAACUACAGUUGUGUUUAGUGGACUUCCCUAAUUAUUGAAGAAAAUUAUAUAUAUAUUUAGUGUUGCUGAAAAAUGUAUACGAUUGUUCAGUCUUGUAAAAUUUUGAAUGCAUCCAACUUUUUUUUUUUUCUUUUAAUGCAAGUAUUUAUUUUAUUAUUGAAAAUCAUUAUUUUCUAUUAAUAUUUAUUAAAUGUAAUACAAUUCUUAUUGGGUUAAAAUCCCACAAUAUUGCACUUUCUUUUUUGUUCUGUUUAGGCAGCAACUGUGAAACAGGAUCGGAAUCUUGUAUUUUUUUUAAUUUUUUAUUAUUAUUCAUAGUAAAAUAUACAUUAGUGAACACAAUACAUUGUUAUAGGUGCUAAUGUUAUAGUUGUCACAAUUCGGACCGUAAUCCAUUCAUUUCAACAAGACACUAAGGGGCAGAUUUAAGAAAAUGCGAGCGGACAUGAUACGAUGUAGCGUAUCAUGUCUGCCGCACAUCGAAAAAUGCUGACAGUAUACGCUGUUGGCAUUUAUCAUUGCACAAGCAGUUCUUUUGAACUGCUUGUGCAAUGCUGCCCCUGCAGAUUUGCGGCCGAUUAGCGGGGGCUGUCAAUCAGCCCGAUCAUAUAGGUUCGGGCAGAUUGAUGUCUGCAGCCUCAGAGCAGGCGAACCAAACAGUGUGAUAAAUCAAUUAUGUUUUAAUCACAGUAUAACUUUAAAGGGACAGUAUACUAUAAAAUUGUUUUUCCCUUAAUGUGUUACCAAUAACUUUUUUUUACCAGCUGCAGAGUAUAAAAUGUAUGAGAUUUGCUUCUAAAGCUUAUUCGUGUAUAUGAAUUAGCUGGUUUUGUGCUUUAAAGCCACAACCUAAUAAAAUGGGUUGAGCUUGUAGGUAUAAUUAGAUCUCAUUACAUUAUCACAUUGUGUACAUAUACCUGCUUGUUUAUCUUAUAUCUGUCCAUAAACCAAUCACCAAUACUUGGAUAGAUCAAUGGAAAAUUAACAUUUUAUUACCUUAUCUCUUCUAUAACCCACUGGGAGUGUAGUUUCUUCUACUGGCUGUCUUAACGCAGCUUAGCCUUGGGGCCAAAAACUUUCAGGAUGGGUGGGUAUACCACAGGCUAAAUAAACUAUUUCAAAUGCCAAUAUAAGGGUAAUGGAAAUGCUUGUAAACAAUUUAAUACACUCCAGCAGGUAAAGUGGAUCAUUGGGAACACAUUAAAGGGGAGAACAUUUUUGAGUAAACUGUCCCUUUAAUCUCUGAACCUGAGCUCUUUUAGACAAUAAUCAUUUGACGUGAGUGCCAGAAUACAAGUGCUUUUGUAAACACUUUGAAUGGAUUACAGGUUAUCUACAUGUAACAUAUAGACUUAGGGGAAAUAUAUCUGGAUCAUUAGGGCAUUAAGCUGUCUGAAAUGGGGUUUUCUUACUUUUUUUUUUUUAAAGGUUAGUGUUAUCCAACCAAGUAUAAUUUUGCAGAUAGUAUAAUUUUAUAUUUUCAAAUGUUUCAGAUAUAAAUGCAUGAAAGGAUUUAUUUUACAAUGUUUGGAUUAUUAUGUUAUUCUUUGUAUUUUAUGCUCUGUAGCUAUACUUAUAAAUAAACUGUGAAAAACGUUUAUGCUAGCUUUUUCUAUAUGAGUUUGUUUGGUAAUAUCUGAUUAAUCAAUUAAUUAUUCAGGUGUUAAAUUUAACAUAAAGUAACCAAGAGUUAGAUUUAUAGACCAGAAAUUUUGUAUGUUUAUCUGAUUAGUAAUUAUUUUUCAAUCUAAAUAGCCACAUUGUAUAUUAAAAAAAAGUUUUCCAAAGAAAUACAAACCAGUUGUUUUGAAAAUU